UAGCUCUGCCUCCCCGCGGCCCCGCCCCUCCCGCGGCGCCCGCCCCUCGCCCCCUCCCAUUAACCUAGGGCACGACACCGCGCCAGUCCCCCAUGUUCCUGCGAGCGGGUCUGGCCGGGCUGUCUCCGCUUCGCCACACUCUCCGGCCUGCUCUGGUCGCCGCCAUGAGCACUGGCACCUUCGUCGUGUCUCAGCCGCUCAAUUACCGCGGCGGGGCCCGCGUGGAUCCGGUGGACGCCUCCGGCACCGAGAAGGCGUUCGAGCCAGCAACCGGGCGAGUGAUAGCUACUUUCACUUGUUCAGGAGAAAAGGAAGUAAAUUUAGCUGUUCAAGAUGCAAAGGCUGCCUUUAAAAUAUGGAGUCAAAAAUCUGGCAUGGAACGUUGCCGAAUCCUUUUGGAGGCUGCCAGGAUAAUAAGGGAUCGGAAGGAUGAAAUCGCCACUGUGGAGACCAUCAACAACGGCAAGUCCAUCUUUGAGGCCCGCUGGGACAUUGACACUUCCUGGCAGUGCCUGGAGUACUAUGCAGGCUUAGCGGGAUCCAUGGCCGGCGAACACAUCCAGCUCCCCGGCGGAUCCUUUGGUUACACCAGAAGGGAACCACUAGGGGUGUGUGUCGGAAUAGGAGCGUGGAACUACCCCUUUCAGAUCGCCUGCUGGAAGUCGGCUCCAGCUCUGGCUUGUGGUAAUGCCAUGGUCUUUAAACCUUCUCCCUUCACACCUGUGUCCACACUGCUGCUGGCUGAAGUCUAUACUGAGGCCGGCGUGCCUCCUGGGCUCUUCAACGUGGUGCAAGGAGGGGCUGCCACAGGCCAGUUUCUGUGUCAGCAUCGCGAUGUGGCCAAAGUCUCCUUCACCGGAAGUGUGCCCACUGGCUCAAAGAUCAUGGAGAUGUCAGCUAAAGGAAUUAAACCUGUUACCUUGGAACUUGGAGGCAAGUCUCCACUGAUCAUCUUCUCAGAUUGUGAUAUGAAGAAUGCUGUGAAGGGGGCACUGAUGGCCAACUUCCUCACGCAAGGCGAGGUUUGUUGUAAUGGUACAAGGGUAUUUGUGCAAAAGGAAAUUCUUGAUCAAUUUACAGAGGAAGUGGUGAAACAGACCCAAAGGAUAAAAAUUGGAGAUCCCCUCCUGGAAGAUACAAGGAUGGGUCCCCUGAUCAACCGACCACAUCUGGAGCGAGUCCUUGGGUUUGUUAAAGUGGCAAAGGAGCAGGGUGCUAAAGUAUUAUGUGGUGGAGACCUCUACGUACCUGAAGAUCCCAAAUUAAAGGAUGGGUAUUACAUGAGACCUUGUGUGUUAGCUAAUUGUAGAGAUGACAUGACCUGUGUGAAAGAAGAGAUCUUUGGACCGGUUAUGUCCAUUUUAUCAUUUGACACUGAAGCUGAGGUUCUGGAAAGAGCCAAUGAUACCACUUUCGGACUAGCAGCUGGUGUCUUCACCAGGGACAUCCAGCGUGCCCACAGAGUGGUGGCUGAGCUUCAGGCUGGAAUGUGCUUCAUUAACAACUAUAAUGUCAGCCCAGUGGAGUUGCCCUUUGGUGGAUAUAAGAAGUCAGGGUUUGGCAGAGAGAAUGGCCGUGUGACAAUUGAAUAUUAUUCACAACUAAAGACUGUGUGCGUGGAGAUGGGUGACGUGGAGUCUGCUUUUUGAAAAAGUGCAGUGAAGCCAGUGAACACGGCCAGGCCUGGGAAUAACGAGAACCAGCUCUCUUGACCGCGGCCGUGCAGCCACCUACCAGUUUAGAUCCAGAAUGUUGGCCAUUCAGGAUAAGAGAAUGGUUCAGUGUUACUCUCCAUCGCUCAAUCAAUUUCCUAAGUGAAAAUGUGCGUAAGUGCCUUUUAGAUGCUAAUCAAGAAAGCUGUGAUUUUCCUUAAAGCAAAUUUCUCUGAAAUCUUUGAGAGCCACUAGCACACUACUGGAGAACAGGGGGCGGGAACAGGAUUGUUCUUCCACAGAGCCGACCCACUGACAGGUUCAUUCUCUAGCUUGCUUUAAAGAACCCGUGCCUUUACAGGUUCCUGGGGGAAUCAGCAGAGAUUUCUGCUCCUUGACAUUUUUAAAGACAUGGCCCCUUGUCAUUCCAUUCAGAAGGCUGGCAGUCGGGAGAGAGGGCUUGGCUAAUAGACGGGUCAGUUUGAUGUGAAUGCUGACUGGCCAGAGCCAGUGCUGCGAGGAUGGGGGAAACCGGCUCCAGUCCUUGAGUUACAGCUUGCUCUCUUAUGACAGAAGAGUUUCCAUUUAAACGUAGAGAUUAUUUGUAAUCCACUGCAGUAUACUGAAACUAAAUAAAUCACACCGUCAGUC